AUGACGGAGACACAGGACGGAGCAGAGCUCUGCUUUCCACAACUCUUCAACACCUCCUGCAGGAAGCUGACACCUUGGUUUGAAGUGAUGCUCAUUCACAUUUUGCUCUACUCCAUCUCUCUGCUCACUGUAGCUCUCAACCUGCUCGUCAUCACCUCAGUCUCCCACUUUAGGCAGCUCCACACACCCACCAACACCCUCCUCCUCUCUCUGGCUGUCUCAGACUUUCUAGUGGGCCUUGUGCUGAUGCCGGGAGAAAUCUUCAGAAAAACAUCAUGCUGGUUUCUUGGUGACUUUGUGUGUUUUCUUUAUAAUUAUCUUUCAGCCAUCCUUCCCGCAUCCUCAAUAGGUGACAUGGUGCUCAUAUCAGUUGAUCGUUAUGUUGCUAUUUGUGACCCUCUGCAUUACAACACAAGAAUCACUGUCCAUAGAGCUAAACUCUGUUCAGAGCUGAAAGCAGCCAGGACUCUUGGUGUUCUUGUAUUCGUGUUCCUACUAUGUUUCUGCCCAUUUUACUCUGUCUCUCUUGCAGAUUCAGAUACUGCAGCCUGGCUCCUGUGA